AUGCAGAAGGUGGUCCAGCGAAGGAUAGCCGCCGAGCACCAGGCUCUGCGCCGUGCCGCAAAGCAAAAGAGCAAGGUCGACAACGCAAAGGAAUGGGCUGCGCGCUGGCAGGCAAUGUCUCGCGGCAAGCAAGAGUCCAUCUACUUCAAGGACGAGAAGCACCGCAGACGCGAGGAAUAUGAAGUCGGUCCUCUGCUCGCCCCCAGACGCGAUACUGGCCAUCUCAAGGACCUGUACGGCACUGUCGACCCCAGCGUCAUCCAGACACCAAAGCUCCACUGGACCAUGUACAAGCACCUCAAGAGUCCCUAUGCUGUCGGCGACAGAGUCCUGAUCACCAAGGGCAAAGACGCUGGCAAGAUCGGUACUGUCUCAGAAGUCCAGACCGACUCUGGCUUUGUACGCACAACCGAGUUGCGAAAGGUAUCAUGUCCCGGAACACCCGCCACGCCUCCCACCAAUGCUGACACCACCUUNAAGGCCGACUACUUUGUCCCCGAGUAUGUGCGUAGAGAGAACAAAGACAACCGCGCAGUUGUACAACAAUCGAUGCCAAUUCGCUGGGAAGACGUCAAACUCGUCUUUCCUCUUCGCGACCAGACCACCGGCCACUUCGAAGACGUCGUCCUGGACAAGGUCGAUCUGCGCAAUGCUGGUUGGGUCGAGCGUAAAAGCGGCCGUCGUGAAUACCUCCAAGGCCAACGCUUCCUUCCCGGUGUCAAGACNCCUCUCCCAUGGCCCAAGACUGAAAAGGAAGAAAAAUCAGAGGGUCACGACGACGACACCCUCCGUAUCACAGUCGACGAAGCCACCCAUCGCCCUUACUUGCUUCAACCACCUAUGCCUCCGUCCGUCAUUGACGAGCUGAGAAACAAGUACUCUAUCUUCCGCUCCCGCCACGAGCCAGAAUACAUUGCCGCAAAGGAAGCCCAAGACCGCGCCGCAAAGCACAAGGAGAACCUCGCCCGUCUGGUUUCUACUCCUCUUGCCGAAUUGAAGGAGCAAAGGCGACAGGAGAGACUCGCCAACCCUCUCGAAUUGUCCGAGGAACAGCUCGCCAGAAUCGGAGAGGUCAUGGCCCAGGAGAAGCAGAACGCCAUCAACAAGCUCUCCCAGCAAUAA